CAGGAAGCUACGUUUGCUGCAACCCGCGCCUGCAGCAGGCACUGCAACGACCUUCAUCCUCUCCAGACUGAUAGCUCAACCUGCACCGACCACGACUGUCUUUAUUCUUCGUCAACAAGUAACUCCGUUAUCCGUCAGCGAGAGCAGCAUGAGAUACAGCAACUGGGACGUGCUCCUCUUCCCGGCCGAUUCCAAGGCGCCCAUCCAGGAAUUCCGGACCCAAUGCUGUGUCGUCAGCGACAAAGGUUCGAUUGAGACAGAUGCCCUCUCGUCGAGAUUCCUUGCUGAAUGGAUACAGACUCCCCGUAUCUUAAUUCACCGUUUAUGAAUCCCCAGCACGUUUUCAAUCAACGGUCCCUGGGCCAGCUGCCUAUCAUCACCUCUUUCAUACCUAGUCUACCACCGCAGAGCCCAUUUCGAGUCUCAAUACAUAGCUGGGAAAAGCCAUGCCCUUCUCGUAUUUUGGAGACCGUGGUGCGUCCCGAUGACUGUAUCUUGUACGAGGUUAGAAUCUAUGCGGACAAUGUUUGCAUUGCUGGCGGCCUUUUCAGUGCUCGUAGUGCAUUGCCGCAUGUGAUAGAAAUGGGUUCUCAGGUCGACAAGAACGGCAAUCAGGAAAUGCUUCGAUUUCCCACCUUCCACCCAGAAGUCAUCGAUCAAUACGCCUGGGACGCAGCUGACACGUACGGCCGGGUACGGAUCAUCCUCUCGGAGGGCUUUGCACGGCCUAAUCGCUCUCCACCUUUUGAGAGAGUCAAGGACACUAUUGUUUUUUCGUUCCAACAUGCCCCCCUAAGUGUUCUAGAAAAUUGUGGGAUAGCUUGGCCCAAUUCUAAUAUGUGGUUGCAACUUCCUACAAACCUAUUCAGGUAUCAGCUCAACUACGGAGGCCAUGCAGACCAGAGAAGCUAUGGUAGUUACGAUGACCACAAGGAUCUCGGAGAUCUUCAUGCGCAUUCACCAACUCGUCAUGAUACAACGCGUUACGAAGGUAUACGAGCGCCUGGAAAUGAGGGAAAUCACCAAGAAUUGUGUCAACACAUGCCCCAAUGGAGCACGCACAAAUCUUUUGCUCCAGCGUCUGCGCCGCCCCCUCUAGCUAUUCCCUGGUCCGACAUUUACAGAGACCGCAGGUUGAAUCUACACCCUUCAAAUUUCGGUAACAUGUUUAAUAAUGGCUAUGGUGGUUCAGACCCAUUCUUUGACCCUCCCAUGGUUCACCGCAACCACCAAACACGACACAGCAUAGGUGAUAUUUCCAUGCCAGAUGCUGGUCCCUUAUCUGUGAGCAGCCGCGCAAUGUCGAGUGUCAAUGGAAUGAGUUAUGACCACAGUCAACCAGCCAGUAUGGCUGCGUCAGGGGAGAACGUUCACCAAGCCAAUGAACCUACAGGCCCUGCGAAGGCGCUUCAUACAUUAUCCAACCAGCAGAAUCCUGCUCCUUCAAUGCCACCAGUUUCCCGGCCAUCUGCAGCCGCUCAAGCUCGCUCUGAAUCUUACUCCAAAGCCACGUCUAAAGCGACACAUCCAGACUCGAAAGAUUCCAGACAAAUUUCCGGUUCAAGUAUAAAAUCAAAAUCGAGUCAGACAGGAAGCGUUGGCGAGACAGUCACUACUCGACGGCUCGCCGUUAGUCCGCAAGGUCAAGUCAAGGGCAAGAAGGAGGGCAAGGCACCCCAAAAGAGCAACCAAAUCGACUCUGAGCCGCCCAGUGAACCUUCUAGCAGAGAAGUUAGCCGGGAAGUCAGUGUAUCCAGUGCUCAUCAACCCAAUUUCAUAGUACACACGACUGAGACUGUGCGCGUGUCUGGUGGUGAGGUGAAGAGAAAAAGGCAUACAAAAGCGCCGGACGAAGCCUCACAGACGAGUGAAUCGCCAACGAAAAAGAUUCAACGAACCGAGAGGACUCCAUCUCUAACGGAAACAGAUGGCGGAAUUGAGUGAAUGAGUAUCAUAUUAA